CAUAAUUUUGACCAUUCCUAUUCUUCUCCUCCUCCCCCCUUAUAUAUUAUCUCCCCACUUUUUUCUUUCCUUUUUUUUUUAUUUCCAAACUUUGUUCAAGUUCAAAAUAGUUCAUGCAUGAACUCUUUCCAUCCAAAUCUAAUCCCUUUUUAAAGACUCUUAACCAAGAAAUUAAACCCUAAUCAAGUUUUUAUUAUUAUCACAAAAAAAAAAAAAAAAUGGGUUCAAUGAAUUGGUUAGGUUUUUCACUAUCUCCACAAGAAAUUCCAUCUCAAACUCAUAAUCAUCAAGAUCAUCUUACUAAUAAUAGUAAUAAUCCAUUUACAAGUACAACGGGAGAGUGUUUCGAUCUCGGGUCAUCCGACUCAACAACCGAUCAUUCUUCUCUUAAUCAUCUUCCUCCUCCCUUUGGCAUCCUUGAAGCUUUCCAUAGAUCAACUAAUAACCAAUCUCAAGAUUGGAAUUUGAAGGGAAACUCAGAGAUAAGUAUGUUUAUGGGAGGUCAAGAAGUUGAAGAAGAGCCAAAACUAGAGAACUUUCUAGGGAAUAGCCAUUCUUUUAGAGAGAAUCAUCAUCAUCAACAACAUCAUCAAACUAGUAAUGGAGAUCACUACAUGUUUAAUACUACUAAUACUAAUAUUAAUACUACUAAUGAUAAUAUUAAUAUUAAUACUAGUAGUAUGGCAAACCCUAAUAAUAAGGAUGAUACUAAUGGUAGUAAUAAUAAUAAUGGACUCAAUGUUUCAAUGAUCAAGACAUGGUUGAGAUCAAACCACCCUCAACAAUCAAACAUACUCGAAAGCGGUAUCGGUGGCGGUAGCGGUGGUGGGGGUGGUGGUGGUGUUGGUCUAACGAAUGCGCAAACGUUGUCGCUUUCGAUGGGUACCGGUGGAGGCGGGGCUCUCCCCGCCUUACCGUUACUAGCAACAAGCGGCGGUGGCGGUGGUGGUGGUGGUGGUGGUGAGAUGGAUAGUAGUUUGUCUGAGAAUAGUAGUAGUAAAAAUCAAAGUGAUGCAACUACGACAACGGCGGCGACACCAACAACGGCGGUUGUUGAAGUUCAAAGUAGUGCCGCACUUGAAUCUGUUCCUAGGAAAUCUAUUGAUACUUUUGGACAACGCACUUCUAUUUACCGUGGUGUAACAAGACAUAGGUGGACGGGAAGAUAUGAAGCUCAUCUAUGGGACAAUAGUUGUAGGAGAGAAGGGCAAACUCGUAAGGGUAGACAAGUUUAUUUGGGGGGUUAUGACAAAGAAGAAAAAGCGGCUAGAGCUUAUGAUUUGGCUGCAUUAAAAUACUGGGGUACUACUACCACCACCAAUUUCCCCAUUACUGAUUAUGAGAAGGAAGUUGAGGAUAUGAAACAUAUGACUCGUCAAGAAUAUGUGGCAUCUCUACGAAGGAAAAGUAGUGGAUUUUCUCGUGGUGCAUCUAUUUACCGAGGUGUAACAAGGCAUCAUCAGCAUGGUCGUUGGCAGGCAAGGAUUGGUAGGGUUGCUGGUAACAAAGAUCUUUACUUGGGCACUUUCAGCACACAGGAAGAAGCAGCAGAAGCAUAUGACAUAGCAGCAAUAAAAUUCAGAGGAUUAAAUGCAGUAACAAACUUUGAGAUUAACAGAUAUGAUGUCAAAGCCAUACUAGAUAGCACAACACUUCCCAUUGGUGGAGCUGCAAAGAGGUUAAAAGAUGUUGAAGAUUUAACCACAGCACCAGAUAAACAGAUAAUCAGAGCAAUUGCUGCUGCUGAAGAUCAUGCAAAUUCUCAUCAGCUAAUUACUAAUAAUCUUUAUGGUAGUAAUAAUAAUGGGACUCCUAACUUCCAUUCGUGGCCUGGGAUCGCGUUUGCGACUCCGGCGGCUCAGCCACUUGCAAUGCACUACCCUUAUGCUACCACCACCGCUCCCCACCAGCAACAGCAGCAGCAGCAGCAAAGGGUGUGGUGUAAGCAAGAGGUGGAGGAUAGUAGUGAUUACCAAGAUCAUCUUAAUCAGCAGCUUCAGUUGAAUAGUGGGACUCAUAAUUUCUUUCAGAUGCAUAACUUGAUGGGGUUGGAGAAUAAUAAUUCCGGCGUGUAUGGGAAUGGAAACGGGAAUGAGAGCGUUGGUGGUGGUGGUGGUGGCGUCAAUGGUGGUGGUUAUGGGUUGCCGUUCGGGAUGUCAACAGUUAUAGCUAAUGAUGGGAAUGGGACAGGAAAUGAGCAGCAAAGUGGAUAUGAGAAUUACUACUAUUUCUCAAACCAAGGAAAUGCUAACAAUGCUUCUUCUGCUAGUGUGAGGGGGGCAGUUGGGACUUAUGAUCAAGGGUCAGCUUGUAACAACUGGGUCCCAACCGCGAUCCCGGCACUAGUUCCCAGGCCUAGUACGAUGGCGGCGGCUGCUGGUGGUGGUCACGGAGGAGGUUCAAUUCCUACUUUUACUGUCUGGAACGACACUUAAAAUCCUGGGUACAAAGAUGGAAGGAAAUUAAAGAAGGUUUGGGAUAUUUUUACCAGUAUUUGUUUAUGAUUCCUACCAUUUUGUUAUAGUACUCAAUUUAACAGAAUUAACUAACUAGGAGGAUCGAGGUUAGGGUUCUUUAUUUUCAGUUUAUAUGAUAAGGAAAUUGCACAGGGAUCUAGCCUGGAGUUCAUUAAUAGCAAAGGAUUUGAGUGGUUUGCUCACUUUUGCUAUGAUUUUGGGAACUUUGGGUGAAUUAGAUCCUCGGAAAGGUUCU